UAAAGACAUAAAGUUGUAGGUUUCUUUUGACACGUGCUGUUUUAGGUUAUAAUUUAGAAAACAAUUCGUUAGGAAAAUUUUAAAAUGCAGCACGACGAUGUUGUAUGGAGUAUUAUUAACAAAUCAUUUUGUUCCUACAAAGUAAAUACAAAGACCCAGAAAUUCUGCAGAAAUGAGUAUAAUUUAACUGGUCUUUGCAACAGAUCAUCUUGUCCUUUGGCUAAUAGUCAGUAUGCCACAGUACGAGAAGAGAAAGGUAUAAUUUACCUUUUUAUGAAGACAACUGAGAGAUCAGCAUUCCCUAAAAAAACGUGGGAAAAAGUAAAACUUUCUAGGAACUUUGAAAAAGCCAUACAACAAAUUAAUGAGAAUUUAUUGUACUGGCCUGGUUUUAUAAAAUCAAAAUGCAAACAGAGAUUUGUGAAAAUUACACAAUACUUAAUUCGUAUGAGGAAACUAAAACUUAAGAGACAGAAACUGAUAGUACCAUUACAACGUAACAUUGAGAGAAGAGAAAGUCGAAGAGAAGAAAAGGCAUUGUUAGCUGCAAGAAUUGAAAAGGGAGUUGAGAAAACUUUACUAGACAGACUUAAAAAGGGAGUUUAUCAAGAUUUGUACAACAUUCCACAAACUGCAUUUGAUGAUGCUGUACAAGAAAAAGAAGUAGAAUCAGAAAGUGAGGCAGAAGUGGAAGUAGAAAAUGAAAUGGAAAUGGAAGGUGAUGAUGAUGGUCCAGAAUUUGUAGCUGCUGACAGUGACGAUGAAAGUGAAGCAGAAAGUGAGAGUGGACUCCCAGAGGAAGUUGAUUUGAGUAGCAGUUUUGAGACUUCAGACGAAUCAGACAUGGAAGAUAUAGACAUAAAUAAGAAGAAAGGUAAACAGUUGCCAAACAGAAAGACUAAAAAGGAUCCAUCCUCAUCAAAGGGCAAACCUCACAGACCUAGGGUUGAAAUUGAAUAUGAAGUUGAACAUGAGACACCAUCAAAGCUUUCUGCAUAUUAAUACUAUAUAUUUUAACUCCUGGCUUUGUCCAUUAAUUGUUUACUUUUUUAGAAUAAAUAAUUAUACUCAAAAUA